AUGUGUACGGUUUGGCGCACUUGGUGCUUCUUGGUGCUGGCCAGCGCUGUGCUGGGCCAGAGGAUCAACCAGGAUGCUGUGCUGUCACAACGUCCUGCGAGGGUCCGAGAUCGGGACACGACCAAGCAGGACGAGCCGACCUGCGAUCAACUGAAAGCCAUGUGGAGGUUCUCUAAAAGGCAAGCUCGGGCGCCGGAGAUAAUGAACGAAGUGAGCACCUACAGAGACCCGCUGAUGUACAAUGAGUGGCCAGUGUAUACCACUAUGCCAAGGGCUGCCCCAAGAUUCCGAUAUCAAUAUCCAUCGGUUCCACGCGAAGCUUAUGGACGGGUGGUCACCAAGGCUCCUCCGAAUGUGGUGCGCACUCCUGAUUACGACGAGAUGUUUGGAAUGUUGAACGUUCCUCGCACGUCUGGCAAGAUUCUGCGAUACCCCGGCCCCUCAAGAUCCCGUGGUCACCCCACGUUCAUGGUGCCGCCGCAAAGGGACCGGUUCGAAGCCUUGAAGAAACUCAUCCGUCAGGAGCACGUGCGUGAACUUCAGAGAAAAUACGAAACAGAACAGAAGCAAGAGCUGAAAGAAAUUGCCGCGGGCCGUGGAAACGAUGACUAUGCUUAUGGCAACUACGGCGAAAUGGAAGCACGUGGACUUCAGCAGGUGCAAGUGGAAUACCCAUCCGACGAACCGAGCGCCAGGCAUUCUAAGAAACCACCCAGCGGCAGCCGCCAAGUGUCCCAGUUCUCCCGCUACUCCGACGUGAUGGUGCCACCGGUCCGUCGCACUUUCUACCACCCUUACUUCGACUACCCGACCCCCGAGUUCGUCCCAUACGUCUAC